CUGUUGUCAAAGUACUGAAGUAAGAUGCUGUAAUUUCAGAAUUCUUAGAUUUAGAACGCAUAGAAGUCAGAAAUUACUUUCUUUUUCAGCGUUGAUCACUGCGCGUCAUGGCUACACCAGCGAACUACAAACAAAACACAUCAAUGUCGAUGCCAAGUCCUCAAAGCAAUCCGCACUACAUGAUUGCGGGGCCCCCAAUGAGUUUCGGUAUGAUGAAAGGCGGUAUGAAUGCACCGCCACACCAUAACCAAUACCAGUACCACCCGCAAUACCAAGGUGGACCCCCGAUGGGCCACGGGGGGUACGGAUGGCAACCCGCACCGCAACAACCCCGUUUCGGUGCAGAGAGCGCGCGGCGCGCCGCGGCCGGGGCGGCGCAGGGCGCGCAGGCCGGCAAGGAUGAUAAGACCAGCCCCUUCGUAUCCACCUUGCAUUCACAUCCUGGAUUUCAACCGCAGAAGAUCGGGAAAGGAGCUGGUGCGGGCGCCGGACUGCCCAAGCCCCCGAAGCCGCCAGAAAAGCCCCUCAUGCCGUACAUGCGCUACUCUCGCCGCGUCUGGGACAGUGUGAAGGCGGCCCACCCGGACCUCAAGCUGUGGGAGAUCGGCCGCAUCAUUGGAGGCAUGUGGAGGGAUCUGCCGGAGUCAGAGAAAGCUGUGUUUGUUGAUGAAUAUGAAGCGGAGAAGUCCGAGUACGAAAAGAGCCUGAAGGCGUACCACAACUCGCCCGCCUACCAGGCGUACAUCGCGGCUAAAAAUAAGGCCGUAGUAGUAGGGAGCUUGGAGGAGGAGAGUUCGAGCAAGAAGGGGAGCUCGCAGAAGGAGCAGCAGCAACAGGACAGGAGGAUUGACAUCCAGCCUGCAGAGGAUGAGGAGGAUCAAGACGAAGGUCUCUCGGUGAAGCACGUCGCGUACGCGCGUUACUUGCGCAACCAUCGUCUCAUCAACGAGAUAUUCAGCGACACGGUGGUGCCCGAUGUGCGCUCCGUGGUCACCACGGCGAGAAUGCAGAUCCUGAAGAAGCAAGUGCAGUCCCUGACGAUGCACCAGAAGAAGCUGGAGGACGAGCUGCAGCAGAUCGAGGAGAAGUUCGAGGCCAAGAAACGCAAGUUCAUCGAGAGCAGCGAGGCCUUCCAGGAGGAACUGAAGAAGCACUGCAAGCCGGCCGUGGACGACGACACCUUCCAGCGCAUGGUGGAGCGCGCGCUGGAGCAGAUGCGGCGCGGCAUCAACCCCGCCACGCAGUCCCUCGUCAGCGUCGAGAGGAAGGACGAGCCUAUGGAUCAAGACCAGAACGUGAUCAAACAAGAGAGCAACGGGCCCAACCCCCCCACGCAGGUGGACAAGGUGUCUACUACGGAAGUGAAACCCGACGGCGGCAAUGUCACCACAGAGUUGAAUAAGACCGAGCCUGAUGUCAAGAAGGAGGAGAAUGGACAUGCCGAGGAAGCCAUGAUGAUGGCGCCCACCGCCACCGCGCCGCCGCACGCGCCGCACGGCCCGCCGCCGCCCGGAGCGGUGGGGUACGCGUACGCGCCGCGCUACUACCCGGGCUACCCGCAGUUCCCGGCCGGCUACCCGCCGCGGCCCUACCUGCCCGAACACUACCACCCGCACCACCCGCAGCCGGACUACCCGACCGAGGAGCCGCCUGCGAAGAAAGAGGCCGAAUGAUUGUCACCCAAACGCGUCGUCAAGCGACGGCGCAAGUCCUCCUCGAAGGACGCCCAGUGAAUAGACACGUAGUGCAUUCAGUGGUUUUACUUGUAAGAACUAAAGUGCUACUCCAACCUCGAAAAUGGGUCUUGAAAGAAUUUUCACUAUUUGCAUUACUCUCGGGUGUAUGGUUUUGUUCUUAAAUAAAGCCAAUAUGACCUCGUGAUUUUUCGAGCUACGGAGAGUAGUUUUCAACAUAAUUAUACUAUAGUUCGUUUUUUUUAGCAUUAGAAAGAACUUGAAAGAAGGUAAGCGAUCUUGGCAUGUCUUUUAAUUCAAAAACGCUUUUUAAAAAUCAAUAACUAUUACUUAAUGAAAGCAGAAGAACAUAAAUGAUCGUAUUAGAUUCAUAAUUGUUACAUAUUUGCCGUAACUUAUUUUUUAAAUAUGUUUUUCAAUUAAAAGACACAUCAAGAUUGUUUACCUUAUUUCUAAUGCUAAAAAAAUGAAGUAAACGUUCAGUAUAUUUUAAACAUGCGUUUAGUGAUUCUGCCUGUUUUAUGGCGUUAUCCAUAAACGCGCUAAAAGCCUCGAUUAUCUAAUAAUAGUUUGUCUUAAUCUCUCAUUUUGACUUUUGAGGUUUGUAAUGUUUAUGAUUAAGUAUUUAUAAGGUUUUGUACCUCGUGUAAUAUUUUGAGAAGGUUAACUAUGUCAAACGUUAACUCAUAAUUUAGUGGUAGGUAUAUAUUAUAUUGGCUACUAAAAUGUGACCAUUUCUAUUUGUAACUAUGGAACUUAUAGGAAUACUAAUGUCGUUGACACCGUUGAAUUAAUGCGCUACUGAUUCUAAGUUGUAUUUUUUGUGUAAAUUAAGUACCUACUUCAUGAAUAUGUCUACAUUUGGAUUUUGUAAGAUUAACUAGGCUAUAAUUUUAUUAUGGGUUAUAAAAAGACGAUUGUAGUGCUUAGAAAUGUAAUUCUUAUAUACAAAAUAUGAUAAUUUCUCUUCUUGAUUUAGAUUAAUAAAUAAAAUUAAACUAGAAAUUCACAGGAUUUAUUUCCCCCUGUGAAACCCUGGUUCAAACGUCAAUACUUUAAAGUAAGUUAGACAUUUUGUAAAUUAUCUAUAUACGAUGUGUGAUAAAUAAAUAAUAGUAGCAUAUAAAAAGGUUUAAAGUUGUAAGUGGUUAAGGUUUAAUUGUUAUUUUUGUAGUACAUGAUCGUGCAUAAGAAAUCGCAUGAAUAAAUUAAGUCUUGUAAAGUGUGUGAAACUUAGACCUAGGUAUACGCUACUAUUGUUAAUAGAUUCAUCUACUUUUAAAAUCACACUUUUUUAUCUUUUGGCGUGCGUCGAGAAAAAGAUCAUCCGGUAAAAAUUGCUCUUGAAAUUGACAUAGGCAAACAACCAUCAGCCUCGCUAGCCCAAAAGCCACCUGGUGGAGAAAUCUGGAGAAACAGUCGCUAAAAAUACAAGAAACCUACUAUGACGGAGCCAAAUGGCGGAAGCAUAUUCAGAGGGCCGACCCCAAAUGAAAUGGGAAGAGGCACGGAGAAAGAAGACAUUUUUAUCUUUUGGCCAAUUUUUAACAUACUUAUGUCAAUUUUUACUGAUUUAUGCACAUGCGCAUCAUAAGCGCAUUGUAAUAUGCGUACUUGAAUAAACUAUUUUUUAUCUUUAUCAUGUCUAAAUCUAAUGAAUAUUUUAUGAAUAUUUCAUAAACGGAAUAUGUAAUGUUCCUGCCAAAUAUCAUGAAUAUUGGAUCAAUAAUACUAUGAUGUUGUCAAGAGUUCAAGUCCUUACCAACGUAGCAAGUGACAAGAGUGUGAAAGUGUCAGCUUUUCCACACUCGCUAGCUCGCUACCAAGUCUGUGGAGAAAUUGGCUUUAUAUACGAUUCUAAUGAAAUUUAAGUACAUAACACGAAAGUGUACACCUAGCUAGUUUGACACCAACGCCCGGUCGAUAAAAGAGUGUGGUUGUAAAAGUGUUUGUUGCCGGUUUAUCUGUCGUCUAUCCGGUUGCUGUUGCGGCCGAACUGCGCGAUGACGGGCCGCCCGCUCAGGAUGGUGCCAUUCACUUCCUGCAUCGCCUGUAUCGCCACGUCCUCAUCUGGAUACAAUAAAUAGUUUGUAAUAACAA